UUCAUUCUGUGUACAUAUCCUGUUAUAUAUAAUGUGCUUAAAAGCUUUGCAACAUUCUGCUUACCUAGGGAAAAUGUUUUUAACAAAGCAAAAUAGCUUUUUCAUUAGAAUAGUCUUCAUGUGAACGGUGUGUGAGGAGACCUUGCAUGCGGGCUAAUAAAUGUUCAAGACAGUUUUUCAAGCUGGAUGUAACAGUGCAAUAUUAUUGUUAGGUAUGAACAAGGAGAACCAUGGAACUCACUGAAUGCAGGCACCAGCAACAGCAGAUCCUCCUCCAAUAUAUGUCAUAGCUCUCCAGUGCCUGAACUACCAGGAUUUUACUAUGACCCUGAAAAGAAUCGCUAUUUCCGCCUGCUCCCUGGACAUAAUAAUUACAACCCUCUCACCAAAGAAAGCCUCCAGAACAAGGAGAUGGAGUGCAAGAGACUGAAGCUCUUAGAAGAGGAAGAAAAGCAAAAGAAGAAAACAUCUAGAGCUGGGUUGAACUCAUCACUUGUCUUACACAAGAGGCAAUUAGGAUUACUCAGUUCCACCAAUUAUUGCAGAUUGGUCCAUGAAUUAAAAGUGAACUGCAUGAAGAGGAGGAAGGUAGAGAUUCAGAGCCCAGAUUCCUCAGUUACUGGAACCAACAAUUUCAAACUAAUAGUGGCAGACACAGCUUGUGAGCGAAUAUUCACUGUGAAUGAUGUAGAGCAUGGAGGGUGUAAAUAUGGUAUCAUCAAUCUCAGUGGCUUAGGGAAGGACUCGCUCACUGUGGAGAUGUAUGACAACCUGUACUUCACAAACCGCAAGGUGAAUUCUGUGUGCUGGGCAUCACUGACUCAUCAAGAUUCCCAUGUUUUGCUGUGCCUCAUGGGGAUUGCAGAAACUCCAGGCUGUGCCAGUCUGCUUCCAGCAUCCUUAUUCAGCAAUUCUAACCCAGGAGAUCAGCCUGGAAUGCUGUGCAGCUUCAAGAUCUCCACUGCCUGGUCCUGUGCUUGGUGCCUGAACCCCCAAGCUGAUAACUGUUUCAGCACAGGUCUGAUACGGCGAGUCCUUGUGACCAAUGCAAUGACUGGUCACCGACAAACAUUUGGUACAAGCAGCGAUGUACUGGCCCAACAGUUUGCCACCCAGACUCCAGUGCUAUACAAUGGCUGCCGUUCAGGGGAAGUUUUCAGCAUUGAUAUUCGUCAGCGCAGCCGGAGGGGCCACAGCUGGAAAGCUGUUCGUCUCUUCCAUGACUCAGCGGUCACUUCUGUUCACCUUCUCCAAGCAGAGUACUAUCUUAUGGCAGCAGACAUGUCUGGAAAGAUAAAGCUAUGGGACCUUAGAGCAAUGAAGUGUGUGAAACAGUACGAAGGCCAUCAUAAUGAAUAUGCUACUCUCCCUCUGCACGUAAAUGAGGAGGAAGGGCUUGUUACAGCAGUUGGUCAAGAUUGCUACACAAGAAUAUGGAGUCUUCAAGAUGCCCAUCUACUCAGAACUAUCCCUUCUCCAUACCCAUCCUCCAGGGACUCCAUCCCCAGUGUGGUGUUCUCUUCAAGACUCGGAGGCAGCCGAGGAGUCCCUGGCCUGCUCAUGGCAGUGAAGCAGGAUCUCUACCACUUCUCCUACAACUCAGAUAAUCCAUGUUGUCCCCAGACCAGGGAUAUGGAUCCUCCAGCCCUCCUGGGUGACUCAGGAGAGAGCUGUUAGGUGUGGUCUCUUAUUGUUGCCAUUGCAUUGAUUCCAGUUGUGGUGCUGCCCUAACUGCUCUGUCUGUGGAGUUUUGGACUUUGCCUAGCAGGUUCAGCGACAUUCUACUGUCAUUGCUGUGUAUCUACUAAGCAGUUGUAAAUAAAAGUGGUACAAUGACAAACUACU